AUGACAAACUUCGGCUAUGCUGAUUUCCUCUCGCGACUGAUGUCAACGCAUCGAAGGCUGGAUGAAGAUUACGUGAUAGCCGCCGUAUACGUCGAAUCCGAAGCGAAAGCGAUACUCGAAGACACCAUCAGCAACCUCCCAGUCACGCGCCAGAUGAUUGUGGCUGAAACACGAAAGGACCCAGUUCUCCAGCAAGUGGUGAACUUCCUCAAGGAGAGCUGGCCGGCUCAACCGAAGCAAAUCGCAGAUCCAGAUCCAGAUGUCAAGAAGUACUUCUCAAGACGAGAUGGACUUCAAGUUGUCGACGACUGCAUCAUGUUCGGCGAUCGAACCGUCGUUCCCCUCAAGUUUCGCAAGUGGAUUGUUCGACAAUUGCAUCGUGGACACCCACGAAUGGACCGGAUGAAGUCUCUGGUCCGAAGCUACAUCUACUGGCCGAAUGUGGAUGACGACGUGACGCAGUUCGUUCGAGAGUGCACAGUGUGCGCUCAAGCAGCAAAGUCUACAAAGCCAAAGCAAGCCUGA